UUGGAAACCGCCAUUGAAAAACAGCUGUUAUGUGUGUUCUUUUAGCUCCCUGUAAUCGAUUUUUCGUCGUGUUGUAGUUAUCAAUGUACAUCAAUGUAUAGAUAUUGUUUAAUGUCUGCGUUUGAGAUAUAUCUCAAGUAAAUAAACGUUGACGAGAUAACAACAAAAUAUUUCCACAGAAGUGAAUUUCAGUCUACGAUUCUAUUGAUAUAAUUUCGCUUUUAUUUUCAUUGAUCGGAAGAAAAUGGUUGUAUAACAAACGAUUAAUGCUGUGUUUGUAAAAAUCUGUUUUGUGUCAAUUACUAUUAUGAUGAAGACAACGAAAUGAUAUACAUUAAAUAUGAGCCACAUAUUUUAUGGAUUGCUUCUAGUAUAUCUUGGAGAUAUUUAUUUUGGCGAGGCUACAAUUAUUGAUUGCUAUGUCUGCUCAUCAAAGAAUAACAGUAACCCUGCAUGUACGGACCCAUUUCAUCCAAUAUAUAAUCAGCUUUCUGUAGGCUGUCACCAAGGAAUGGAGGGAAGACAAGGACUAUUUCCGGCCAGAUAUUGUAUUAAAAUGAAAGGAGAGAGCAGUAUUGAUGGAACAGAAACUAUUAUACGUUAUUGUUCUCUGAAAACAUUUGAAAACAUGUGUGGAAAGUUUAAAUUUGAAGGUGUUCCAUAUACAGGAUGUAUAGUUUCAUGUGACAAAAGAGCCUGCAACGGUAGCUCGAACAACAAAGUACACGUGUUUCUAUUGUUAUGUUUGAUGCUGAUUAUUGGAUAUAGUCAGACAGCGUGAUAGUGAUGUUUUUGAAAGCUAUCCCAAUUUGUCAAAAGUGUAAGGCGAUGCAUAAUGUACAUAUAUGUGUUAUUGAAAGAAAUAAUAUUAUAGGAAGAAGUAAAACUGAUAUUUGAAUUAAGUGUGCGGUUAUGGUUACGUGUCUAUGAUAUCUAUUUCAGACAUCAUAUCAUUUACUUAUUAGUUAUAGUUUUGUGAAGAACUGAGAAAAAUAGUGAGACAAUACAAUUAGUAUGUCACAUAGAAAUUUAAUGAGAGUUUGCCAUUUUGUAAUUACGUGAAACACGACAAGAAGAAAGAGUUUAAAGCUUUCCUGCUUACUAUUUUUCGAACCAGGCACAAAGAAGUAAUUUUGAUUAGAUAACUGUACAUUCAAACCAAUUUACUUAUACAAUAGUUGAGAACUAAUUGAACAAGUGUUUAUCUGUUAAUCCACUGUUACUUUGUAUUUAAGAUUCAAGAUUCAAGAUUCAA